AAAAUUUUGACAUUUCUUAGUUUUGAUAAAAAAUUUCUCAUUCUUAGUAUUUUUUUGCCUAAAAGUUAAAGUUUUUAACAAAGUCAUUCUUUGAUUUUACCAAAUUCAAUGACAUAAACAACUAUCUAUACAAAAUUCACAAUGUCACGUUUCAGUGGAGCCUUACAACUAACAGAUCUAGAUGAUUUCAUUACCCCAUCACAGGAAUGCAUUAAACCAGUGACUAUUGAAAAAACCAAAUCAAAAACUGGUGCUAAAAUAACAAUUCAAGACGACGGAUAUUACGAGGAGACCUCGACAGGCGUACAGAAGUUACAAAAAGUUGAAAUUACUCUUCAGGAUUGUCUAGCUUGUUCGGGAUGUAUAACAUCUGCCGAGGGAGUACUUAUAACCCAACAAAGUCAAGAAGAACUUUUGAAAGUUCUCAAUGAAAAUCAAAAUAACAAGUUGCAGGGAAAUGUGGAGAAAGUUAAGACUAUUGUAUUUACUGUGUCGCAGCAGCCUAUUUUAAGUUUAGCUCAGAGAUACGAAUUGACUCCGGAAGAGUGUAGCAAGCAUUUGGCGGGGUAUUUUAAGUCUCUGGGUGCUGAUAUGGUACUUAACACGAAAAUCGCCGACGAUUUGGCUUUGAUUGAGAGUCGAACUGAGUUCGUGGAACGUUUCCGCAAUCAACAGCUUCCAAUGUUGUCUUCAUCAUGUCCCGGUUGGGUGUGCUAUGCAGAAAAAACCCAUGGUAAUUUCAUUCUUCCCUUAAUAUCGAGCACAAGGUCACCGCAACAAAUUAUGGGAAUGCUAGUAAAACAGUUUCUUGCCCAAAAGCUCAAUGUCCCGAUGGAGAAGAUUUAUCAUGUUACUGUGAUGCCAUGCUACGAUAAGAAACUCGAAGCUUCUCGUGAAGAUUUCUUUAGCGAAGCUAAUAACUCCAGGGACGUCGAUUGUGUCAUCACUUCGAUUGAAAUUGAACAAAUGCUCAGCAUCCGAGAGACUGAUACAUUGAAUACCUACGCUCCAGUUGAGCUUGAUUGGCCCUGGAGCGCACAGAAACCCGAAGGGGGUAAUGUAUGGGCGCAUGAAUUCUCUGGAUCUGGUGGAUAUUCCGAUCAUAUAUUCAAGUUCGCAGCAAAAGAGCUUUUUGGAGAUGAAGUUGAACGAUUGGAGUACAAAAACUUGAGGAAUCCCGAUUUCCGUGAACUAACUCUGGAGAAGGAUGGUAAAGUGCUACUCAAAUUUGCCAUUGCCAAUGGAUUCCGUAAUAUUCAAAAUCUUGUUCAAAAGCUUAAACGUGGAAAGACUCAGUACCAUUUUGUUGAAGUGAUGGCGUGCCCUUCAGGUUGUCUUAAUGGAGGUGCACAAGUUCGUCCACCAUUAGGAACUCCCGUCCGCGAAUUAACGCUACAACUUGAGGAACUUUAUAAACAAUUACCAAAGUCGGUGCCAGAUAACUCGGAAACACGAGGAAUUUAUUCGAGCUUCUUUGAUGGACAACAUACGGACAAAGCGAAAAUGUUAUUGCAUACUACGUACCAUGCGGUGGAAAAAAUGAAUACGGCGCUAAAUAUCAAAUGGUGAAUGGCAGUUGGGAUUUUUGACUUAAAUGUUUAUUUAGUGUAUAUUUUAAUGAAAAGGAAAA